UUUCCUUACCCUUUUUCACAGUCAAAUAGAAAUACGACUCUCUAUAGAGAGAGAGAGAGAGAGUGUGUGAAGACUAACAGCAGUAGUUAAGAGAUAUACAAUACAAAUAAACACGCACAUAUAUUAUAUGUAAAAAAGAAAAAUUUAGAGAGAGAAACUGAAAAUUACCGUAUGAUAUAGAGAGAGAAACGAGAAGCCGAACGAUGAAACACAUUUUCAAGAAGCUUCACCAUCCAAAUCGAUCAAACGACACCGUUCAAUCUACUUCAUCAUCCCCUGUAUCAUCAUCAUCAUCUUCACCGUCCACGUCAUCUGCUACCGAUCAUCGGAAUUCCAGUUCCGUUUCUCAAUCACCGUCGAAUCCGCCGUCAACGGCGGCGGCUGCAUCUUCUCCGUCGAAUAUUCCGACGAUCAAUCGGCAACAGGAUUAUUAUACUUCUGAGGAAGAGUAUCAAGUGCAGCUUGCCCUAGCUUUGAGUGUUUCAUCUUCGCAGUCUCAGGAUUCUUCAUUCCCGUGCGUUGAUGUUAAUUCAACCAACGGUCAGAUAGGGCGAACCGCUGCUGACUUGGCACGUGAUAGAGAGGAUGCAGCUGCCGACUUGCUGUCGAGGCAGUAUUGGGAUUAUGGUGUGCUGGACUAUGAGGAGAAAGUUGUUGAUGGUUUCUAUGAUGUAUAUACUCUCUUUUCAGAUCCAGCAAGUCGCGGGAAAAUGCCUUCUCUUACUGAACUUGAAACAAAUCCUGGGAGUUCUAACUUUGAAGGCGUGAUAAUUAAUCGGAGAAUUGACCCCUCCUUGGAAGAGUUGAUGCAGAUUGCGCACUGUAUUACAUUGGACUGCCCUGCCAGUGAGAUUAGUCUGUUAGUACUGAGGCUUUCUGAACUUGUAACUGGGCAUUUAGGUGGGCCAGUAAAGGAUGCAAAUGCCAUAUUGGCCAAAUGGAUGGAAAUUAGCACCGAGUUGAGGACAUCACUUCACACCAGUGUGCUACCAAUUGGAUCCUUAAAAACCGGCCUUUCACGUCACCGUGCACUGCUUUUUAAGGUACUAGCUGACCAUGUUGGAAUACCCUGUAGACUUGUUAAAGGAAGUCACUACACUGGUGUCGAAGACGAUGCUGUCAACAUUUUAAAGUUACCAAAUGAUAGCGAGUUUUUGGUUGAUCUCAUGGGAGCACCAGGCACGCUCAUACCAGCUGAUGUUCUGAGUGCAAAGGAUGCUUCUUUUAAAGCAUACAGUCCGAAAUUGAACAAGAUUCCAAGUUUGCCGCCCAACAGUGAUUCUGGAGGUUCUUACCUGAGACAGAACUUGUUAUCUAGUCAAAAUUCUGGGUUAGGAGAUGAUUUCUCCAGUAGUUCUAAGUCCGAGAAAAUUGAAUCAGUUCAUUCAAUUUCAGAUGCAGGUGGUAGCUCCACUGCUGGUUCUUCAGGAAUCAAUAAAAGACCAUCUUCUAAUCAGGUGGAUUGGACUUCGCCGUUAGCAAUUGGAACUUCUUUGUACAAAGGGGGCCGUGGACCCAAUGCUGCUGGUGAUGGCUUGAGGUUGAAUGUAAAUGUCGUUCCAUACGAUCAGAAUAACCCUGAGGACCCAAAAAAUCUUUUUGCUGAUCUUAAUCCGUUUCAAAUAAAAGGCUCUGGCAAUGCAUUGUUGCAGAAAAACCCUGCAAGAAACAAAGUCAGUGAAUUGCAACAGCCAAAAAAUACUUUGGUCCCUGGACGGCCUCCGGCCCCUAUGAUGUGGAAAAACCGGUGUGCACACAAUGAGGUCCCCUGGAAAAACGAAUCUGAUUCUGAGGGACGUUUUCCACAGAAAAAUGGUGGAUCUAGUGGGUAUAAUACAUCAUCAAUUGCAUCUACUAGCUCAAAUAUACCACAGAAAUCUUCCCCUGAUACCUCCAGGUUACACGGAAAUUCACAGCCGACCUAUAGAGGAAAUGAUGCGGUUGCUUCCACCAGGGAUAACAGUUCCAAAUUAUCAGCUGAGCUUGAAUUUAGAAGGUUGUCUGUUCAGAACAGUCAAAACAAUAAUAGAGAAACAAGUCAUUGGGAGGGGCAUAGUUUGCAGAGUGACGAGUUAAACAGGUCACAAGCAUAUGGACAAGAUAUGAUUCUGGAAAGUGACCACAUAAGAAAUUUGCAAGCUCAGUCAAUAGGAACAAAUAUAAAAUUGAAGGAGCCAGAAAAUCCAACUUCUUCAGGGAAUCUUGGUCCAAGUCGGGUUGAUCCCGUAUUUGAUGAUGUUGGCGAUUGCGAAAUUCCAUGGGAAGAUCUUGUUAUUGGCGAGAGGAUUGGUCUUGGUUCCUACGGAGAGGUUUACCAUGCAGAUUGGAAUGGCACUGAGGUUGCUGUAAAGAAGUUCCUCGAUCAGGAUUUCUCAGGUGCGGCUUUGGCCGAGUUUAAGAGAGAGGUGCGUAUCAUGCGUAGGUUACGGCAUCCAAAUGUUGUUCGUUUUAUGGGUGCUAUAACUCGGCCUCCCCACCUUUCUAUUAUCACUGAGUUCCUUCCGCGAGGCAGCUUGUAUCGGAUUAUUCAUCGUCCUCAUUCUCAAAUUGAUGAAAGGAGGAGAAUCAAAAUGGCCCUUGAUGUGGCAAAGGGCAUGGAUUGCUUACAUACAAGCAACCCUACAAUUGUUCACCGUGAUCUGAAGUCACCUAAUCUUUUGGUUGAUAAGAACUGGAAUGUUAAGGUAUGUGAUUUUGGCUUGUCUCGCUUGAAGCACAACACAUUUUUGUCAUCCAAAUCAACAGCUGGAACGCCUGAGUGGAUGGCGCCAGAAGUUCUCCGCAAUGAACCUUCGAAUGAGAAGUGUGACAUCUACAGUUUUGGUGUCAUUCUAUGGGAACUUGCUACCUUAAGAUUACCUUGGAGUGGGAUGAAUCCUAUGCAAGUGGUGGGAGCUGUUGGGUUCCAGAAUAAACGCCUUGAGAUUCCAAAGGAACUUGAUCCUAUAGUAGCAAGAAUAAUAUGGGAAUGUUGGCAGACUGAUCCAAACUUGCGUCCAUCAUUUGCUCAGCUAGCAGUGGCUUUAACAUCAUUGCAACGACUUGUCAUUCCUUCCUAUGUGGACCAGCCGAGCUCCCAUUUGCCACAGGAAAUCUCUGUAAAUUCUACCCCGUAAAUUUUCUCGACUCCCUCAAGUGCUGAUGGAGGCGGAUCAUUUUAUAUCUGGGAAAAGGAAGGUUUUAGUUUUUGUUUCAUUCCUAUGCAAAGACGUAAGGACAGAGACCAUCUCUCGGCCAAGUGGGGUAGAUGGUGCUUGUUGCGCAGAGAGGCUUUAGGAAGAAAAAGCAAAAGCAAAAGCAAACUUGGUAGUGCGCUUUAAAUGUGUCGUUACUUGUAACUCUUCUUGUAUAGUGGUUUGUGUAUAAGUUGAUCCCAAAGGGAGCGGUUGUCUUUUUGAGAUGUAUUCUUAAUGACCAUAAAUUCCUUGGUUGAGCCCCCCUAAGAAAUAACAGGGUGGCGCCUGUAAUCACUUGUCACAUGAUCUCUGUAUAGUCUAUACAACAAUGGCUAAGUUGCCACUUACAACGAAUAUAUUAUUGCCUUCAAACUGUA